CUGGCCUAGCUAUUGUAAUAUUUGUAAUGUAUAUCUCACGAAUUGUCGAGUCGGCCAUUUGUAUCAGCCACAGCUGUGUUUCAAUAUAUUAACAUCGUGUUUUCUGUUCAUAGUUUAAUUGCGUUUAAUUUUAGUUAAUGCAUAAUAAAUAUAAACUUAUAAAAUGGUAGAAAAGGCAGAGAUAAAGCCAGAAUCUCUGCUGAAUCUUGAUGACCUUUUACAAUGUCCAGUAUGUUACGAAAUACCUUCAGGUCAAAUAUUUCAAUGCAACGAAGGACACCAUGUUUGCGGCCGAUGCAAGAUGCGUCUGGACGUAUGCCCUGUAUGCCGGGCACUGUUCUUCGGCACACGCAACUAUGCAAUGGAAGAAUUAAUAGCUAAUUUUAGAAAACUACGUGCUUUUAAAUUAGGCAGUAAAGGCACUACAGGCUCUUCAGAAAGCAGCACACCAGCUAAAGAAACAACUUCAGGGGAGUGUGAAAAUGAAGUCAAUGAUGAUGAAGAAGGAAAUAAUCCUACUGUUACAAAUGAACCAGCUCAAAGACCACCACAAGCCUGCAAAGGUCUCUUUCGUUGUCUCUGUUGUAAAAAUGGCAAUGGAGAAAGAUUACCGAGUGCACGUUUACUUAAUCAUCUUCGUUAUUUUCAUACUCCAGAUCUACUUGAGGGUCGGUCUGAAAAUGGAGAGUAUUUACAAGCAUGGCAAUUUUCAACUGUGCCUGGAAAGUUAGUGACAGCUGUCAGAGUGUCUGACAUGGGUAUAUUUUUUCUGACUAUAGAAAUAAGUAACAACGCAGUGUACGCGUGGUUAACAAUGGCCGCAUCCCCCUGGGUAGCUCACGCGUUUAAUUAUACCAUAACCAUUUGUGGUAAUGACCGUGAAGCUAUAUUUUCAGAUUGUGUAUGGUCAGUAAGAUCCUGUGAAGGUUCUUUGAAAAAGCGUGGAAACUGUUUAGUGGUCAAAGAAAUGGACGCAAGAGCACUAAUCGCGCCCGCCAUGAUCAGUGGCAAGCUGUCGGUGCGACGCACGCCGCCCGACCAGCUCGCCAACCAAUCGCAGCCGAGAGCCGUCUUAAGGAUCGCCAAUCGGAGCAACAAUCAGAACAACGCCAAUAACUUGGAACCCUUUCUCCAAGACUUGCAGAACGACGUGGCGAGACUCUCCCGAGCGUUCGCCAUGCUCGGACAGGAGGCGAACGCUCUGGUUCGUUCGGAAGCCGAAAUACGAGCAAGAAUCGAAAACUCAUCGACGAUCAAUCAGAACUCAUCCGGGCGUCGAACAUCGGAAUCGUCUGAGCCCGAACCUCAGCCUACAGUUCAAAACGAUCAGAUAAUAAACGAGCAGUCUCUCUCGCGAAACGCGCGUAGACGCAUCCGGCAGCGUCUGAGGGCGGCCCUGAACGGGCCCAUCCCGCCCGUGCCGCCGCCGGGACCGCAGAGACACAACGGACCCAUGCCGCCGGUGCCGCCGCCGGGACCGCAGAGACGCAACGGACCCAUGCCGCCGGUGCCGCCGCUGGGACCGCAGAGACGCAACGGACCCAUGCCGCCGGUGCCGCCGCCGGGGCCGCAGCGACGCAGCGGGCCCAUGCCGCCGGGGCCGCAGCGACGCAGCGGGCCCAUGCCGCCGGUGCCGCCGCCGGGGCCGCAGCGACGCAGCGGGCCCAUGCCGUACGUGGCGCCGCCGGCGUCGCAUAGACACAACGGCUACGCGUCCGACGCGUACACCGUGGUGCUGCAGCCCACACCGCCCGUGGCGCCGCCGUCCUCGUCCAGCGGCCCGUCGCAGUCGCAGGCCCCGCCCGCCAACGGCGCCCGAAACAAGAAAAAGCGUCCCCAUCGCACAUAAGCGAUUCUAGUUUUUAAUACUUAUAAUAAGUACAUAUUUGAGAAUCAUUAUGUAAUGUUAUUCGUUACUCUAAUUUAGAGUCUCAGACGUUUCCUCUGGGGUUUCCUACUGUGCAUGAACUGUUUUAAUUGUAAAUAUUUUAGUCUUUUGACAUUGCAAUCUUUGCAAGUGCUGUGAUAAAUAGUGCAUACUGAGUUUUGUGCAGUAUGCAUGAGAUACUACUUAAUGUUUCAUUGUGCGAAAUGUCCCCAGAGUGAAUAUUUUGUGAUUUAGGAAGACCAUAAUUAUAUUAAUGAAUUGUUAUAUUUCACGAAUGAUUAAUUACAAGAAUUGUAUUAUUUUAAUGACAUGAGGCAUCAUCAUCCUUAUUGGUAAAUAUUAUGACUAGUAGAUUAAUUAUUAUUAUUAUGAAUUUGCUUGUUUUUGGUCAUUAUAAUUGCAGAUUCGGAUGUAGAAUUAUACUCUGUUUAAUAAGGUGUUAAUCACUCGAUAACAAAUAGUUAUAAUUUUAAUAUAAGUAAUUACAAAAAUAAACACUUUUUAUUUCA